AUGGCGCUCUCAAAGCUAUCUGUUAUUUUAACACUCUUGGCAUCGGCCUCCCUCGUGGCAAGCCAUGGAUAUAUCUCCAGCAUUCUUGCCAACGGCCAAAACUACACCGGCUAUAUAGUCGAUAAAUAUCCUUACAUGACCUUCCCUCCACACAGCGUCGGCUGGACUACCAAGGCGACAGAUUUGGGCUUCGAAGCCCCAACAGAAUACCAGGACCCAAACAUAAUCUGCCACCGAAGCGGUGUAAACGCCGCCAUCAGCGCACCAGUAACCGCAGGCUCAGACAUCGAACUCCAAUGGACGACCUGGCCAGAUUCGCACCAUGGGCCUGUGAUCACCUACCUGGCAGCAUGUACGAACAAUGAUUGCAGCACGGUCGACAAGACCACACUGAAAUUCUUCAAGAUUGCCGAGAGGGGUCUUGUGGAUAAUUCCGCUGUGCCGGGCACUUGGGCUACCGAUGAGCUUAUUGCGGCUGGGAAUCGGUGGACUGUGACUAUUCCUUCGACUAUUGCUUCUGGUAACUAUGUUAUGCGGCAUGAGAUUAUUGCGCUCCAUUCGGCGGGGCAGUUGGAUGGGGCGCAGAAUUAUCCGCAGUGUAUCAAUCUGCAGGUUACUGGUGGAGGCAGUGAUGUGCCUGCUGGUACACUUGGUGAGGCGCUGUAUACCGAGACCGAUCCCGGGAUUUUGAUUAGUAUUUAUCAAACGCUGAGUGCGUAUGUUAUUCCUGGUCCGGCUUUGUACUCUGCUUGA